AUGUUAAGCAAAGCAAUCGCUGACUUAAGCAAUGUAUUUGAGAGUAGUUUUACUCCAGAGUUCAUAAAAUCAAACUAUAGUUUAUAUAAAAUAGUAAAUUUAGUAAUUAUUUUGAUUCUAUUAAAUGAACCAGCAUUUGUUCCGCGAUUUAAUACAUAUGUGUCGGCGGCUUAUCAGCAAUUCUUUCGAGUGCGACCUCAACAUCAAGAAGUGGUAGAAAACUCAGAAGUACUUCUACAGUGUCAGGUCGCCAAUCAGGCAGGUCUUGUUCAGUGGAGUAAAGACGGAUUUUUAUUGGGUUUUGAUGCUGACAUCCCUGGUUGGCCCCGAUAUUCAAUGAGUGUCGAUACACAACGUGGUGUUUAUAAUCUAAAGAUACAAAAUAUACUAUUAAGUGAUGAGGGUGACAUCGAGUGUCAAGUGGGUCCGACAAAAGACAACAAAGCCAUACGAGCCAACUCUCGUAUCACUGUUUUAGUCCCUCCCCAUGAGAUUUCGUUGCUGUCAAUAAACCGACCGUUUGUCUCAAAUACAACAAAACAAAGCAAAAGUCAACCAAACAAUAGACUUAAAGUACGAGAAGCCGAAAGAAUCGGAUUGUUAUGUAAUACAACCACUCUUUCAAAGCCACCAACACUUCUCAAAUGGUUUCGUAAUGGAGUCCCUCUUAGUAAAGACAUCUCUACGACUAUAUUAAGUGAAGGUUUGGGAACAUCUGGUAAAUUGACGUCCACUUCAAGUGUUAUUUAUAUUUAUACAAAACUAGACGAUAAUGGUGUUCAAUAUAGCUGUCAGGGCGAACACCCGGCGCUCACAAAACCGAUAAAGUCAACCAUCACUUUAAGUGUGCUUUAUCCGCCCGGUUUGCCAUCAAUUGAAGGAUACACUGAUGGAGAUGUCAUUAGAGUGACCGACACACUAACACUCGCCUGUAUUAGUCGUGGAGGAAAUCCAUUGGCAAAAUUAAUUUGGUAUAAAGACAGCGAAGAAGUGGAUAAUACGUAUUCCGGUUCCGGUGGUCGCGAAUCCACUAAUAUAUAUACAUUUAUAGUCAGUCCGAGUGAUAAUAAUGCUGUUUAUAAAUGUGAGGCCACUAAUGAUGUGACCGCUCAGCCUUUAAUUGCUUUAAUUCAACUCAAAGUAUUGUUUCCCGCCGUCAAAGUUGAUAUAAAUGGUCCAAAACAAGGAAAAGUUGGAGACGUUUUGACUCAGACGUGUAUUGCUGGACCGGCUAAUCCCAAAACUGAACUGACCUGGGUUAUUGAUGGACACACUGUAUUGCCAUUAGAAAUGUGGUUUAUUGAGACACGGGAGGGAUGGUUGACGGCAUCAAACGUAUCGUUUACAUUGACGAGUGCCGACCCAAACACCAAAACAAUCUCAUGUUAUUCAGUCUCUGAAUCAAUCGGAGAAACAAUUGUUCAGACAAUAAAUAUUGAUAUUCUAUACCCACCCGGUGUGCCAUAUAUUAUAGGAUUCAAAGAGGGAACAGCACUGGAAUCGGGAGAACUCUAUAGAUUUAAAUGCGUUUCGAUGGGAGGUAAUCCUCUGCCGACACUUCGCUGGCAAGUUAUCAAUGCAAACAGUGAUACCAACUCUGACAGACAAAUAAGUGCAUUGACUUCAAUCUCUGGAAGUGGUGUUUCCAGCGAACUCGUGAUUAGGGCAGAGCCAGCAGAUAACGGUGCCAGUUAUAGAUGCGAGACUUCCAAUACGGCCACAAGUCGACCAUUAAGUGCUUUAAUAAAGUUGUCGGUGCACUACAUCACUGAUUCAGUUAACAUUGAAUUAAAGACAAAACACGUGAAAUCAGGAGAUGUGUUAAAUUUAUUGUGUGAUUCCGGUCCUUGUAAUCCAUUGUGUCAACUAUUUUGGUAUCGAAAUGGUCUUCAAAUUGAUGGCACAGAAAAUAAAUUAACAGAAACUAAUGUACCAUUCGGUGGAAAGACUACACAAAGCGAGUUAAGACUAGACGUCACCACAAGAGAUGAUAACACUGUCAUCGCAUGUGAAGCUGUCAAUCAAGUUAUCAGCAAAAGAAGUAUUACUAACAUUACACUCAGUGUCUUAUUUAGGCCUCAAUUUUUGGUACCGCCUUUACAAAAAUACGAUGUGAUUGAAGGCGCCGACAUUUCUGUUAAUUUGACGGCGAGAGGCAAUCCAUCACUCAUUUCCUACAUUUGGUCCAAAGAUAGUCUUCCUCUGUUUGAUAUAUCGGAAACAACAACAUUAAGUAAUGUUGUUAUUAUUGAAAAGCAACACCAGAGACGACAACACCAAUUAUUAUCUUAUGGUCCCAUUUUGACUAUAAAAAACAUAUUAAGAGAGGACGCGGCAGAGUAUGAUUGUGAAGCCACUAAUAGCGAGGGAACCACCAAAACCAGCAUUUUAAUCAAUGUUUUCUUCGCUCCAAUUAUAGUUGAUAUCUCUAAGACUGUAAUAACUGAUUCCGGAGAAUCUGCACAACUCUAUUGUCUUUGUGUGGCUAAUCCAAUGAGUGAUGAACUGAUUGUAUGGAAAAGAGAAGGAAAUACUAAUUUCUUAAAAGAUGACAGAAUUAAUGUUCACAACGAAAGAGGAAAGUCUGUUCUCUCCAUUUCCAAUGUUAACGCCGACACCGAUAGUGGAGUAUAUGAGUGCUGGGCUAAUAAUGGUAUUGGAGAGAAAGCAAUAGAGAGAAUAGUGCUUCUGAUAAAAAAUAAACCGGAAAUAGUGUCAAACAUGACGACCGUCAAUGUGGCCGCCGAAGCGUCCGAAAGUGUUCGGAUGGUAUGUACCGCAAGCGGUGUCCCCACUGUUCACUUCAAAUGGUUGGGCGCCGACAAUGAGAUAUUGACGACUGAGAGUGAAUUGUUAGUCAAUAAUAAUGUUAAAUAUUUUCGCUAUGCUUUACAAAGAAAGCAAAUUUCUGACACAUUAUUUCAGAGCUCUCUAACUAUAAAAAGCUUAACUGAUAGUGAACUGAAUAAAUCAUUUGAAUGUAUUGCAAACAAUGAUAAGGGAGAGACACAAAUAGUCAUUAAAUUAAGAAAACGAGGGAAACCCGACCCGCCCUCCGAUGUUAGACUCGUUAAUAUCACACAUAACAGUGCUUUCUUGAGUUGGACACCGACUUUUGAUGGCGGAAUCGAUCAGUCGUUUCGAGUCAAGUAUUCUGCUAUCGGAACAACUAAUUUUGAGACAAAAGAGACGAACAAGAAUUGGAUUGUAAUCAAGGGAUUAGAUAGUGAUUCCAAGUAUUACUUUGUUGUCAUUGCUUUCAAUGUCAUUGGAAACAGUGAUGAAUCAAAUAAUACAAUAUAUGCCACAACUUAUGGUUCAGAAUUUGAUUCAAGUGAACCACUCAUUGAUAGUUAUUUCAAACAAAAGUCAGAUCUGAGUUCAAAAUCAUUUUCUAUUAUUAUAAUAAUUGUUUUAUUUGCGGGAUUUAUCUUAAUUAUAUUGAAUGUCGGUUUACUGUUGUGUUAUUAUAAAUGGAAAAAACAAGUGCAAAGUAGACAUAAAGAUAAUAAUAACCAAACAUCAAGUGCUGGUAACAAAAAUCAUGCAAAUCUAUAUAAAGAUGUCGUUAAUGGAGAAGCGACUCUUAUGAAGGGCUUGACUCACGAGAGCACUGAUAUGACUGAUAUGACCAGUGCUUUAAUACCGAUAGACAAACAGUUGACAUAUAUUGAAAGUACAGACAAUGGCGAUCACUGUCAAGUGCUUCUUCUUAAUGAUAUCAACUCUUCUUCAUCAUCAUCACUACAACAACCAUUAUCUCACGUUUUGCUUAGAAAUUGUCAAAACUCUCAUAAAAAUAAAGACUUAUCAUUAGAGGCAUCCGAUUGUCCUGAUAUUAUCAAAAACCCUAAUAUUGAAAGCUAUGAAAUGGAGACAAUAGUCGAUGAAAAUUAUAGCACAUUAUCUCAAAAACAACUCAAUAACUAUUGCAAUCAUAUGAAUACAAGCAAUACAUUAGUCAACGAUUCUGUAGUUUAUAUACAGAAUAAUAGUAUUAAAAUUCAAUCAAAUUCUGAUUCAUUUAAAUUGAAGUCAAUUCUCAAGAAUGGAAACCUUAAGUCCCGACCAACUCAUGACAUUCAUAUGCUUUAACAUUCAUUUCUUAAACUAAUUAUUAUUUUGUUUAUUUUGUUGUAUAAUAUGUUUAUAAUAUAGAGUA